GGCUGGGGAAGCGGAGGGUGGGGACACUCUGGCCCGGCUCUCGGUGGUGCGGGAGCAGCGGCCGCUCUGGUCGGCGGACGUGCGGCUGAGCAGUCCCGGAAGCGAAGCAGCGAUGGCGGAGAGUCCGACUGAGGAGGCGGCGACGGCGACGGCGAGUGCCGGGGCAGCAGGCCCAGGGGCGAGUGGUGUUGCCGGUGUAGUCGGUGUUAGCGGGAGCGGCGGCGGGUUCGGGCCGCCUUUCCUGCCGGAUGUGUGGGCGGCGGCGGCCGCGGCGGGCGGGGCCGGGGGGCCGGGGAGCGGCCUGGCUCCGCUGCCCGGACUCCCGCCCUCGGCCGCUGCCCAUGGGGCCGCGCUUCUUAGCCAUUGGGACCCCACGCUCAGCUCUGACUGGGACGGCGAGCGGACCGCGCCUCAGUGUCUACUUCGGAUCAAGCGGGACAUCAUGUCCAUUUAUAAGGAGCCGCCUCCAGGAAUGUUCGUUGUGCCUGAUACUGUUGACAUGACGAAGAUUCAUGCAUUGAUCACAGGCCCAUUUGACACUCCUUAUGAAGGGGGUUUCUUCCUGUUCGUCUUUCGGUGUCCACCCGACUAUCCCAUCCACCCACCUCGGGUCAAACUGAUGACAACGGGCAAUAACACAGUGCGGUUUAACCCCAACUUCUACCGCAAUGGGAAAGUCUGCUUGAGUAUUCUAGGUACGUGGACUGGCCCUGCCUGGAGCCCAGCCCAGAGCAUCUCUUCUGUGCUUAUUUCCAUCCAGUCCCUGAUGACUGAGAAUCCCUACCACAACGAACCAGGCUUUGAACAGGAAAGACAUCCAGGAGACAGCAAAAACUAUAAUGAAUGUAUCCGGCAUGAGACCAUCAGAGUUGCAGUCUGUGACAUGAUGGAGGGAAAGUGCCCCUGCCCUGAGCCUCUACGGGGAGUAAUGGAGAAGUCCUUCCUGGAGUAUUAUGACUUCUAUGAGGUGGCCUGCAAAGAUCGCCUGCAUCUUCAAGGCCAGACUAUGCAGGACCCUUUUGGAGAGAAGCGGGGCCACUUUGACUACCAGUCCCUCUUGAUGCGUCUGGGACUGAUUCGGCAGAAAGUGCUGGAAAGGCUCCAUAAUGAGAACGCUGAAAUGGACUCUGAUAGCAGCUCAUCUGGGACAGAGACAGACCUGCAUGGGAGCCUGAGGGUCUAGACCCUGCUCCCCUGCCCUUCCCCCAACUCGAGAGCCCCUCCCCUCACCCCAUGGAUGGAGAGGCACUGUGCAUCUCCCUUCAAAAGUGUCGGCAUCCUGCAAGAUGGCAAGAAGCAAGCAAACUCAAUCCCAGGGUGUGGGAGUGGGGCUGUUCCAACCUGACCUCCUUGGUGCUGGAGCACCUUGGGCUGUAGUCCAUCCUGGAUCAGGGCCAGGGUACUUUUGCAAGAGUACCUGGAGUGAUGGCCUCUGGGAAGCUAAACAACCAACACACCUCUCUGCAGGGCCAGCCAAUUAGGGAUAGGAGAAGACAGAAAAUGAGAACCCAAGAGGGAGCAUGCCCACGUGGAUUUAUAGGGAUAUCUGGGAGUUUGGGUGGGAGUGCUGUCCGUGACUCUUUAAGCAGUCUGGUUGGUUAUCUGUUUGUCUUCAGUCUUGAAGCAGGGCUUCCCAACACCUUUAUCUUCCCCUCCCCUAUUAUUUCCCAUGGGCCAGCAUAACUUUGUUUUUCCUAAUUUAUAGUCACUGUUCUAGACAGACCAAAGACAAGGAACAGUGGUGGAGUCUGGGCUGCUGAUCAGUAAGCUUUACCUAGCACCUGAGCACCUUUUUCCUCACAACACUUCCUCUGCAUUUUAGGUUACAGGUAGAAGGUAAGCCUGACUGGAACUAAGCCUAGGUCUCUGUGAAGCCUGCACAGGCGUCAGGAAGCUGCUUACUGUUUCCCACAAUCACUGAUUUGAAAGGUUCCCAGCACAGGCAGCUGCAGCAUGUAUGGGGUUUGAGCCACUACAUAAAAUAGUUCCUUACAGAUUUUCCUGGGUACAAGUCAAUGAGGGUGUUUUUCUUGGGGAGGAGCACAGGGAGACUGAUUUUGUUUUGUUUAGCUGUUACUGUCUGUGGUCCCUGUCCUCCCUUCUGCCCUACCUACAGUCUCUCAGGAUUUGUGAGCCUGGACAGUCAAUGGUGAGAGGA